AUGGGUUACACGAACGACACAUUGGAUGAACCGGAAACAGACGAAGAUGUCACCGACCAGAACUACCUCGGCGGUACCCCCAAGCUAUUCGACAUGCCGGAAUUCCUACAACCGCAGACAAAACCUAUGGGAUACCGUGACCGCGGUCUGAUGCCCCGACUAGAUCCAGAAGCUUGGGAUUCUCCGGCUAUUUUCAUUGCCAAUCUACCAGGCCUCAAAGAUCUGGUCUGGAAUGUCUGGGCACACCCAAACCAGAUGCCGUCUUGCAUCCUCGCAGCAGUCCAUGCUCUGGGCUGUCGCCUGCAUAUGCACACCUUCAGCAUCCGCAACCUGAGACAGGAUCCAGAAAACCACGACGAGCCUCACCCAGACGACCUGGCUCUCGCCACAUCACCGUCUUUACAUAGCAUCGUUGCCCAUCGCAGUAAUUUUGCUAGCCCUACUGCCACGGACGAUUACCCGCAUAAAGCCAUCUUUCAAAUGAUGGCUGGUGCCGCACCGCGACUGGCGCAUGUGUGGAUGCGAUCAGUCGACACGCUUGAUGCACGGGGUCUGCAAGAAACGACCACUCUUACCCGGUCGUCCUUGGUCGAAUUCUUCCCUGUGACAGAGGUGGCAGAUCAAGGCGCGCGGGGCAGCCUCAAGGGCCUAGUCAUGCGCGAAAUGGCUCUGAACUAUACCUCGAUCGAUCCCUGGAUUCACCAUACGGACUUUGCCAACUUGGUGCGGAGGGCCAGCUCGAAGAAGCCGAAGAGAGCGUCUACACAACGACCAGGGAACAGUUGUGGCCGGAGACGACCGGAAACUGGUGGGACAACUGGAAGAGCUUUCCUCUUUCCGACGAGUCGGCAUAAGACCUCCGGAUGGAUUCCCCACCAGUAG